GUGGGGCCAUCGAGGCUCCAAGUGAGGAGCGGGCCCUUUUCCAGAGCUCUGGGAACGGCUCCAGGCUCCUCAGGAGAUGUGGGGAUGCCUGGUUGGAAAUGGUUGAAUCACAGCAUACUGAUUGUUCCAUUAUGGAUGGAGGGGAUGAUGGCAACCUUGUUAUCAAAAAGAGGUUUGUGUCAGAGGCAGAACUAGAUGAGCGGCGCAAAAGGAGGCAAGAGGAAUGGGAGAAAGUUCGAAAACCCGAAGACCCGGAAGAAUGUCCAGAGGAGGUUUAUGACCCUCGGUCUCUAUAUGAAAGGCUGCAGGAACAGAAAGACAGGAAGCAGCAGGAGUACGAGGAGCAGUUCAAAUUCAAAAACAUGGUAAGAGGCUUAGAUGAAGAUGAGACCAACUUCCUUGACGAGGUUUCUCGUUUUUUUGAAAAGCAGCGAAGAGAGGAAGAACUGAAAGAACUGAAGGAAUACAGAAGUAAUCUCAACAAGGUUGGAAUUUCUCCAGAAAACAAGAAAGAAGUGGAGAAGAAAGUGGCUGUGAAACCCAUAGAAACCAAGAAUAAGUUCUCCCAGGCAAAGCUGUUGGCAGGAGCUGUGAAGCAUAAGAGCUCAGAGAGUGGCAACAGUGUGAAAAGGCUGAAAUCGGACCCUGACCCAGAAGACAAGAAUCAAGAAGCCCCGUCCUGCGCGUCUCUCGGAAGCACGACCCUGAGUGGCCCGUCCAUCCACUGCCCCUCGGCGGCGGUCUGCAUUGGCAUCCUCCCUGGCUUGGGCGCCUACUCUGGGAGCAGUGAUUCUGAGUCCAGCUCGGACAGCGAAGGCACUAUCAACGCCACCGGCAAGAUUGUCUCCUCCAUCUUCCGAACCAACACCUUCCUGGAGGCCCCCUAGCUCCUCCCACCAGGAGCUCCCCGAGAGUAAGCCGGACUGUUCAUCUGCCUACAGGCAUUACCUCCCUCAGAAAACUCCUUCGCCUGCUUCCUGUGCACAGCGUGACAUUUCUAACCUCAUCUAAAAACGUGCCAGAGUCCACUUGUGGCCCAACUUGUGUUUGGUUUCUCCUUCCACUCCAGUGCAGAUGCCCGAACCUGUCUUGCAGCUUCUUCCCUCACUGAUGUGGGGGUGGGGGCUUAGGGCCUAGCAGAAGUCCCACUAAAAAUGCCCUGGGAAGAUAGGCACCAGCUGGCUUGCAAAGGAUUUGGGUUAUGCUGCUUUCUUGUAUCUUUUUUUUCCCCUCCUUUCCCAGCAGCACAGAGAAGCAAGGGUCGUUAUUGGACAGGUAUUAUUUAAACAUUCUAUUCUAGAUGAACGCAGCGUUUGGUUAUACCGCAUUGUGGAGCAUAUGGGGGGAGAGAGCUGACUCAGGUAAUGAAAUGGCGCACCCCUGGGACUGACCAGUUCUUAACGUUGUGUGACUGAGAUUAAAAACUACGUCUGCAGGGGGGUGUCCUUAACACUCAUUAUUCUUUGUGAAAUUCCUUACUCUUAAAAAACUUACUCCCUCUUUUCCCUUCAUCUAAUCCCAUUUAAGACUCUAAACCUUAGAGAGACAGGCAUAGGCCUUAUUUCAUCAUAGCCAGAAAUCAGAAGUGCUAGUAGGUAUGUGGACAACACGACUUAUUUUUGGCAGCUCUUAGAAUCCUAAUAUCGCAAACCAGUGGGAUACACCUGCACAUUCUGACUAUGCUCUGUAGUCUGUCGGGGUCCUUCUCGAUUUGGUCCAUUUAUAGUUGUGGCUUCCAACUAUGGAAGCUAUUUCCAGCGGAAAGGUGCGGUCCUAGUCCUCUCCUCUUUUAUCUGCUGCCCCUCCUGCUCUUUUCCCACACAGAGCAGCUCCGAGGCAGGGAGCAGCCAGGACGUAGAGGUCCUGCUCUACCUCUGUCUCAUAAAGGGAAGCAAGGAAGGAUGGAAGGAGACAGGUAGGGAGGCCUCAAGGACAGAGGUUUGGACUUUAUGAAAAAUAAUCCGUAGGCCCCUCUGCUUCAGGAGAGAGGGCCUGAGUGGUUCUUUAUUCCCCCCGAUUUCCGCAUCAAUUGUUUGUACUUCCUUGGGUGUGAGACGGAGAGAGACACACACAGAAUGUGUUGACACUGUGAUGCUGGCAGGCAGAGAAGCUACUCAGUUUUAACGUAGGCAGAGGCCCCUGGAUCUCCUCCAGCUCACUCCUUUUCCCCUUCCACUGCAGUGACAUUCUGGUGCCCAUUCGCAGAUGGUGACUUCCCUUCACCCAUAACCGAUGCCUUGUGAUUCUUCCUCCGUUUCAGAGCUACUCUGUGCUCAUUGUUCCUGACUUGUCAGGACAGGCGCGUCAUCUCCACUCUAACAGACGAGACGUUUAGGUGAAACCGUGCAGGCACCUUCUGCUUCUCUGCUUCAUUGUUCCUGCUUUUGUGCUGUCAUUGUUACAGAGCGUACCCAGAGCCACCUCAGAUCAUUUCAGGAGGCAGACCAAGGAAUCAAAGCCACCCUCUUUAUAUGGUUUGACUUUUAAGAGGCCGCUAGUAUACCCUGUGGCCUCUGUUGAUAUUGGAAGAAGUUGAUAAAGGGUUGCAGGAAUUUAAAACAUUUAAUUUGAAAGCUAAUAAAUCUGUCGGAGAACAACA